UUUUCAUUUUUUCACUGUUUGCUUGUUUGCGCGCACGGCCGUCCCAUCUGCGGGCUGCGUCUUUCUGGUUUGCAGUUCUGUGGAUUUGUAAAUAAGCUGAAGUUGGUGACAGAUAGAUCAGCAUUUCUCGACUCCUUUCACAGAAACGGAAUUACGUUGCUUUCAGACCCCCAGCUCUCCUCCUCUCUCCGUGUCCGACGGGCGUCAGGACAUAUGCGGAGAGGCGGGGACGCGUCCUUUCCCACCCAAAUCCUCCCCAAGUCGGGACCCCGCUGACGCGCUGUGGCAUGAAGGACCACAUUUUGUGAACUGAAGUUGGAAAUUCGACUUUUUUCGACUUGACCAGCUCACCUUUUCCUAAGCAGUGACUUGACCUGCCAUCUCUUUACCUGUGCUGCGCGUGAAACCCGACUGCCACCAUGCAGACCUCAUCGAUCCGCCGCCAAAUGAAAAACGCGGUCCACAGCUACACAGACGCUGAGAUUAAGGUCCGGGAGGCCACUUGCAAUGACCCCUGGGGACCGCCCGUCUCUCUCAUGUCUGAAAUUUCAGACCUGACCUUCAACGUGGUGGCCUUCGCCGACAUCAUGAGAAUAAUCUGGAAGAGGCUCAACGAUAACGGCAAAAACUGGCGCCACGUCUUCAAGGCCCUGGUGCUGCUGGAGCAUUUGGUGAAAACGGGCUCUGAGCGUGUGGUCAAAGCGUGCAAGGAGAACAUACACAGUAUUCAGACAUUGAAGGACUUCCAGUACAUAGAUCGAGAUGGACAUGACCAGGGAGCCACUGUCCGAGAGAAGGCGAAGCGGUUGGCGUCUCUGCUGAGGGAUGAGGAAAAGCUGAAGAAAGAGCGCUCUCAUGCUUUGAAGUCCAAGUCGCGUGUGGCGGGGCUCCCCUCCCCCUUGGAUCGCUCCAUGUCCAGCUCAUCUUUUGAUUCCGACUUGCCGCCGUCCUACCCAUCCACCCCGUCUCGUCUUCCAUCUGAGAUUGAAAAAGCUCUUCCAACAAGCGCUGAAGAAGAGGAGCGGCAGCUGAAGCUGGCCAUCGCUUUGAGCCAGCAGGACAAUAACAAGCUGCCUCAAGAACAAACACAGCCAGCCCAACGUGCACCAUCCAUUCAGCCAGCCCAACGUGCACCAUCCAUUCAGCCAGCCCAACGUGCACAAGUCCAAGUCUCUCCAGACCUGGAUGAGGACACCCAGCUCAAAUUGGCCUUGAGCCUGAGCCAGGAGGAACACCAGCAGGAGGAGCGGCGCCGCAGAGAAGAAGAUUUGAAGCUCCAGAAAGUUUUGGAGGAGAGCAAACGUGACGCGGAUCAACCAAAAUCGGCCUUCAUGGACCUGGUAGAUGUUUUUGCACAGCCUGUAGAUCCUCCUCCCAGUGAUUACAAGUGGAAGAGCCCCUUACAAGCAGCUGCCAGUGCAGCAGGAACAGACCCCUGGGACUCUCUAGAUGGCCCCAGCAUUCCUCGAUCAGACGCUUCAUGGAUGGUACCACCACCUUCCUACAGCCCUCCACCGCCAUGGGAGCCUCCAACCAAACCAUGGGAUGCACCCCAGAGCAGUGUUUCUAAACCGAGCUUCUCGAGUAAAGAUUGGGAUAUACCUACAAAUGCUGCCUCCUCACUGGAUGCAAAAGUAAAGAAGGGAUCACUGAAGGAAAAUCCUCCUCGAAGUGCAAGCCCCUCAGAUGGCGAUCUGUUCGAUGAAGCAAUGGAUGGUGGACACUUCAGUGCAAAUGGCAGAGGGGAAGGAAGUCCUGAUCUUUUUGAUUUGACUAAGCUUGGAGAAAGCCUGGCUGACUCCACCCCUCGAAAAUGUAAGACACCGGAGCAGUUCCUGGGCCCCACUGCAGCCACAUUGGUAGACCUGGACAAUCUUAUCCCAAUAAACUCCAUGGCCAUGCCCAGUAACCCCUUUAUGUCAGCCCCGAGUGCUCCUUCCUCCAUCAAUCCAUUCCAAGCCGAGCAGCCAAAGCUGACUCUUAGUCAGAUGGGGACUGGCUCAACGGCAGCAGCUCCCACCGCUCCUUCUCUUUCAUUCAGCCCCUCCUUGCCUCUGUCUCUAAACAAUCAAGGUGCAACCAUUCCUUCAUCGUUCACUCACCCGACCCAGCCCAGUCUGGACAUGCCAAGGACCCUCCCUGAACCCCUGCUGCCCUUCUCCUCACCCAAUCCUCAGGGACUGCAAGCUGCACAGAGCACUCAAAACCCUUUCUUGGAUUAACAUAUAUAAUGCAGACCAAAUCACAGCUCAAAGGACUUGUCUGAAAAGCCUAUUCUUAGCUGUUUUGACAUGGUUGUAACGUUCAUUAACCAUUAGAUUGAUGCAAACUGGUUCUGCUUCCCAAUACCAUAUAGAAGACGGAUCUUUGCUAGAAGUCGGUCAUCUAGCCGAGACUUCAAUUACAAACUCCAAAAAAAAGCACAUUUUUAUAAUAUUUUGCUGCAAACAAACAUAGAUGUCAAAUUGCACCACUUUUCUGGAUCAUUUGAAAGAGUUGCUUAAGACUUUUUCAGUGCCUAAACUGUUCCUGCUUCCAGAAAUCUGCUAUUUUCUGCUUUUAUGGCUAGGUCCUAUUGAUUCCUUAACAUGUAGUGUUACUUUAGUGAAUUUAAAUGCAGUGUAAAUGUUGUUUUUGGGGCUUUGACAAAGUUUCAGUAUUCCUUAAAUGCAAGGCAGCAUUUGAGAAUUUUCUAAUGCUAGUUUCUGUUACAGGUAAGGCAUCAAAUGCAUCUGUAGACCUACAAAUGUUAAGUUUAAUUAGCCUUUCUCUCAUUGCUCUUGCUUUGCUCAGAAUGAAACUAUCACAAUCUGGUUUAAACCCAAACCAGUCUGUUUGUCAUUUGAUUGUUUUGACCGCCACCUGGUGGCAAAAAGCAUCCAACACACUUCAAACCAGAAGAGUUGACGAUCAAUGAACAAACAGGAAUUUCAGUGUCAUUUUUAAGUGUAUCUAAAGAAUGGAAGUUAAAAUGAACAAAUGUUCUCUUUAUGUUUUUUGGUUCUCCUUUGAUUAGUAGGAAUUUAUUAAAAUAUGUCAACUGGGCUCUCAUAUACUUUAAAGCAACAACCUAGAGGUCUAAAGUGGUUUAUAAACAGUUAUUAUGAGGAAGUCCUGUUUUUUUUGUGUGCUUUUAAUGUGGUGGAACGAUGAUCUUUAUUGCAAUAAAGUGCAAGAAUCUCA